AUGACAACGACGCUCGGAGAUCUCGCCGAUCUCGAGAAACGGGCCGCCAUGGACUCGCGCCCUUCAACUAGCUCUUCUCCGUGCGGCAGGAGCAAUGACGAUAUCGGACUGGAGGAAAGGAAAUCCGAAGAUGCCGCUUUUGCACCGAUUGUCGCGCCGGAGGAACAACGUGAUACGCAGAUGAGAAAGGAGCGCUCGAAUUUGUCCCGCACGCGCUCGUUGGAGCGAUCUUGGUCGAUGAAUGAUGGUAUUAGUCUGGGGGGUGAUGGGCAAGAACCGCCGGAGGAGGAUGUUGGAUACACGGUUGGUUGGGAUGUGAAUGAUCCUAUGAACCCGCGUAAUAUGAGCAAGGCUAGGAGGUGGUUGAUUGUGGUGAUUGUGUCACUGGGGUCGCUUUGUGUGACUUGUACCUCGUCCAUGUAUACCACGACGUAUGAGCAGCUGAUGAAGGAAUUCGGCUGCUCACAAGAAGUCGCGACGCUCGGAUUGUCGUUUUUCAUUUGGGGACUUGGAAUUGGUCCUCUCUUCCUUAGUCCACUGUCGGAGUUCUAUGGACGUCGCAACAUUUAUAUCGUGUCCUUCUCGCUUUUCCUGAUCUGGCUCAUUCCUUGCGCUGUCGCCAAGAACACCGAGACCAUGCUCGUGUGCCGAUUCUUCAAUGGUCUGUCUGGAAGCGCUUUCCUGAGUGUUGCUGGUGGUACUGUCGGUGAUAUGUUUGAUCGACAUGAACUUGCCUUCCCAAUGAUGCUUUACACCGCGAGUCCAUUCAUUGGACCCGAAGUCGGUCCACUGGUCGGUGGAUUUAUUAAUUAUUUCACUGGAUGGCGCUGGACCUUCUAUGUCCUCCUAAUCUGGACCGGCGUCCUCCUAGUCUCGAUAAUCUUCCUCGUCCCAGAAACCUAUCAUCCAGUACUGUUGAGGCGUAAAGCCCAAAAGCUCCGCCAGGAGACCGGAGACGACCGAUGGAAAGCGCCGAUCGAAAAGAUGCAGCGAUCGGUGGCGCAAACGGUCCUACGAUCCAUGUACCGCCCCAUCAUGCUCCUCACUAUGGAGCCAAUGUGCUUGAACCUCUGCAUCUUCUCGGCGAUCCUAUUGGGUAUCCUGUACCUUUUCUUUGGCGCUUUCCAAUUGGUGUUUAACGAUAUCUAUGGCUUUGAGUUGUGGCAGCGGGGCCUCUGCUUUAUGGGCCUUUUUGUGGGUAUGGUUUUUGCGAUCCUUUCAGAUCCUAUCUGGCGGCGUAAUUACAUGCGCCUGGAACGCAAUUAUCAAACUGCGACGGGCACGACAGAUGAGUUUCAGCCAGAGUGGCGGUUGCCUCCAGCGAUCCUGGGUGGACCUUUUGUAACUGCCGGUCUCUUCAUCUUUGCCUGGACUAUCUACCCCGAUGUGCAUUGGAUCGCGCCCAUCAUCGGCAGUGGUCUCUUUGGCGCCGGGACAAUCCUGGUGUUCUCAGGUGUUUUUACAUUCCUGGUCGAUGCAUAUCCAACCUUUGCGGCGAGCGCGCUGGCGGCGAAUAGCUUCAUGCGAUCAAGCUUUGGAGGCAUCUUCCCCUUGUUCGGGAUACAGAUGGAUAUCCUUCUUGCCGGGCAUAUCCAUCGCGUCUCCAGCGAGCCGUUGAGGGUUUCUUACUUGAAGGGCGCGGGGACACAUGGAUUCAUCCUGGUCGAGAAGUAG